AUGGAUACUUCGGGAGUUGAAGAGGCGACUGUGAACAGCACCUCCAUUCAGUUCGCCACUGCGAACUCCACGUUCCCGAUCGACUCAACCGCCAAAGUGGAGCACAAAUCCUUUUCGGUGACGUUCGGCGACGGAACCGAAAUCCGGGAUAUUUCUGGACUUCUAAAGAACUGCCCCGUUUCUGACAAAGAACUGCUCGACAAAAACAAGGAGGUUUUUGGCCACAACGCCUUCCGGUCGGGGCAGAUGGAGGUCAUGAAGACCGUGCUGACGGGACGAAGCGUGUUUUGCAUUAUGCCCACAGGCGGAGGCAAGAGUUUGUGCUACCAGCUGCCCGCUCUCCUCCUCCCGGGCAUCACCGUCGUCGUCUCGCCUUUGAUUUCGCUCGUCCAGGACCAGAUUCGCGGGCUGCAAGAAGCCGGCGUGGAGGUGGGCGCGAUGACGGGCAGCAGUGGCGGCGAGGUCCCGUCCGCUCUGUGGAAUUCGGUGCGAACACGGCAGUUUCCUCGGCUGAAGCUGGUGUACACGACCCCAGAGAAGCUGAACAAGAGCGAGAGCAUGAAGAACUUGCUGCGUGCGCUGAGCUCGCUGGGCUUUCUGUCUCUGUUCGUGAUCGACGAGGUCCACUGCAUGAGUCAGUGGGGCCACGACUUCCGCGUGGACUACAAAGAGCUCGGGAAGGUGCGGUUUGAGUUCUUCCAGAACGUGCCGCUGAUGGCGUUCACGGCGACGGCGACGGCGACGGUGAAGAACGACAUUUUGAAACUGCUCCUGGUGAACGGGAAGGAGAUUUUGGUGUUCCAGAAGUCGUUUAAUCGGCCGGAGCUCCGCUACGAGGUCCGAUCGAAGAAGAACCAUCGGCAGUUUAUCAGCGAUGUGAGCGCGUACAUUCUCUCGAAGCAGCUGAACAACACGGGGAUCAUUUACUGCGGAACGCAGAUGGCGUGCGAGAAGGUGUGCAAAGACCUGCAAGAAGCGAUGAAGAAUGAGGGAUAUGAGAGAAAGAUCGGGUUUUACCACGCGGGAUUGGAGCCGAUGGAGCGGGAGCGGAUUCAGCGAGAGUGGAGCGAGGACCAGCUGAAGAUCAUCGUGGCGACGGUGGCUUUUGGGAUGGGGAUCAACAAGACGGACGUUCGGUUCGUGAUUCACUACAUGCUUCCGCAUUCGCUGACGCAUUAUUAUCAAGAAGCGGGACGCGCUGGUCGCGACCGAAACCCUGCCGACUGCAUUCUCUACUUCAACUUCCAGGACAAGAAAACGGCGGAGAAUCUGAUUCGCCAGAACGAGAACACGUCGAUGAUCAACCACAAUCUGCAGGAACUUCGGCGCGUGGUGACGUACUGCCAAAACAAAGAGGAUUGUCGCCGCUGCCAGAUUCUCAAGUACUUCUCCGAGGUCUUCAAUCGCGAUUUCUGCGGCGUUCCGAUGCACCAGCUCUGCGACAACUGCUCGCAGCCCCGCGAUUUCGAAGUCGUUGACGUUACGCACAUCGCCAUCGAGCUGGUCCGCCUCCUGUCCGAAUGCAAAGCGCCGCUGACGACCAACAUGCUGAUUUCGGCCGCUCGCGGACUGCACAGCGGUCUGAAGCCGCACGUGCUCGCGUUCGUGCAGUCGCAUCCCUCGUACGGCUGCGCCAAGGACAUCUCCAAGCCCGAAAUGGAGAAGCUGGUGACCGAUCUGCUGCAGAAAGACUGUCUGGCGGAGAAGCACACGCGGCUGUCGAGUGGCUGGGGCGCCGUUUAUCUCGUUCCAGGAAGCAACGCGGAUCGUCUCGCGCAGGGAAGUCUGCAGAUCCACAUUACGCGCCCGAAGCUGGCGCCCGCUCCGCAGCCCGCCAAGGCCGUUUCGAUGGAGACGAGCGAAGAAACGGACGCUCACGGACUGAUCGACAACUCGAACGUGAUGGAGAUUCCUUCGCGACUGGACGACACGCUGCGGAAGCGACUGUAUGAUCACUUGCUGAUGUACCGGUCGUUCUUGCAGCAGAUCAUCGGGAACGUGAGCUUCACGACGCCAGUCUUGCAGGAAAUGGCGUGGACGGUGCCGACCACUCAAGAAGAAUUGAUCACGCUGGAUCGAAUCACGCCGCAGUUCGUGUCGAAGUACGGAGAAGUGUUCUUGAAGCUGAUCAAUUCGUUUUUGGAGGCGAAUAGUAUUGUGCUGGAGCGGCCAUUUCAGUCGCGCGGGUUGUUGAGGCGACGGCAGCAGGAAUGGCUGCGAAGAGACGAGCCGAGAAGUGAUGCAGAGAGAGAAGGAGGAGGGAGGUGA